AUGGGUAUAGUUGAAGUUUGGGAACGUCGUAAAAGUUCAUCAGAAUAUAGCAUAUAUGAAUCGAGUUUGGAUAGCAGCUACGAAGAAUCGGAAAAGGAUUCAGACUAUGAGAGAAGAUAUAAGUCGAUAGACCUGUUUGAUAAUGAGUUGUCGAGAAAAUAUAGAGAUGACUCAGAUGUUGAGGAGAGGAGAUUAAAAGGAGACGAUGCUGAAGAAAAGAAGGAAGAUGAAGGAACAAAUCUUGAAACGGAGUACUCUGAUGAGCAGGAAUCGGAAACCGAUGUGUUUGAGUACGCUAACGAAUGGGAGCGGCUACAAUACAUAAGAGCAUACGGAAGGAUAGCGAACGAUGCGUUUUACAACUUCGACAUAGUGCCGAGGACGUGGCUGAGCGUGUUUUACAUAUCGUCAGUGCACAACAUGGAAAAUGUGCCUCAAAAUUAUUUCUACUCUAUCAAGGUGGGUCACGUGAACCCGCACGCAAGCUCAAGCUUCCCGGAAAUGAAGAUGUACACACCACUGUAUAGCCUGAAGGAGGGAGAGAGAUACACGUUCACGGUGCCAAUUUUCCUCUGGAAGAGAAAGAAGUUGACGAUACCGUACGGAGAGUUUAAAAACUAUAUUGUCAAGAUAGACAUGUGGAAAAAGCACAAGUUCACGCUGAACACACUGCACGCGACGCAAACGUUGACGUUUUUUGACAUAAUAAACAACAAGUCGAGCUUCACAAUGUCGCUGAACAUGACGGUGCCGAAGAUAAAGGAGGGAGAGAAGGAGAAGAAUGCAAUAACUGAGGAGUCAGAAAACAAUAUACCACUGCACAAGUUGAACGUAGUGAUGCUGUUGGAGGAGAUAUUUGACUUUUUGUUCGUUUUCGAGAACUGGUGGUUCACGAAGAACGCAAACGUGUCGGACGCGGCAGUAAACGCGCCGAAAACGAUAAAAAUAUCAAUGCAGACGUCAAUGGGAGGCAGGUGGGUGACGAAAACGGCAAUGAUGUCGUACGACGACUACUGGGCCAGUCCAGGGCACUUUACAUUCACAGGGACGUUUCGACAGUUGAAGAUUUCGUACUUCACAGUGAAGGUGUACAGCGUGACGAAGAAGUUCUGGAGAAAGUCAGUGACGCUCCUGGGAACGUGCGUAAUGUCGCUGAAGUCAGUAAGAGAGUAUCCCUUGGUGAGAGGAAUAGUCAAGAAGCUGGCAAUUGGAACGCAGAAUAUGCAAAUAGGGACGAUCCAGGGGAACAUCAGGUGCUCGCACAAGAGCGCGGGGCUGCAGCAUGCAGACUAUGUGAAGAAGAGGCUGGUGCAGCCAAUAUCAGGCUCGGCGCUCCUGACGCACCUCGACAAGAGUUGCCAGUACCUGGUGAUAAGGCUGCUGAGAUGCGAAAACUUGCCGGCAACGAACACGGACACGUACUCGUCGGACCCGCUGGUGAAGGUGAAGUGGGAUGGAAUCGUAAACUUCACGUGCACAAUGGAGUCGACUACGAGUCCAGUGUAUAACCAGAACAUGUACUUCCCGAUACACCUGGUGGACACCUCGGAGCUGGUGAUCCCGCCGCUCGUAAAAUACAGCCUGCCGAUGGACUUGGCGUCAAAAGGCCCUGUGAUAAUGGAGGUCUGGGACAGCGAAGACACGUCCAGUGAGUUCCUGGGAGCAGUGGAGGUCCCACUGUACAGGUUGUUCAACGAGGGCUACAUAGAUUCGAGAAGCCUGGUGGACGGAAUAUACACAGAGCCAUCGAAGCAGCCCCUGGGAAACAAGGACGCAGGGGACCAGAACGACUUCGUAACAUACUCAGGGUUCUCAAACGACAUAGACAAGAGGUACGAGACGAAGGUAUACUCAGACACGCUGACCCUGACGGGAUACACAGUGCCUCAUAGAGGAGCUAAGCCCUCUAUCACUUUUGAAAUGUACAUAUUGCCGCCAAUGCCAAUUGACCUGAAGAUCCCAAACGAUAAAAAGAGGCAGAUAAAGUCGGAUACCUAUAGGGACCUGAGAAGGCGCUGGGACAGAGAGUUUGACCUGUGGCAGAAGAUGUACAGAGACCAGACGCUGUCGAACUUCCCGCACAGAAGGUUCCUGAGCACGACGGCCAACAACGCGCUUUCGAGCGAUGUGUUCCCAUCUGAGGUGAUACUACUGUCGCGUUUUGUGACGCCGAUACAAGUGUCGUCAGUGUUGAGGCCUCCAGGGCACCUGCUGCACUGGAUAUCCAAUUUCGGGUUGAAGGACGACUCAGUGGAGCGACUGGGAGACUUGGCGAAGAUAGAAUCGUGGCAGCACCCGUCCAGGUUCCUGACGACGAGGAAGGGCGGACUUCACGACAGAACGCUGCUGCUGUGCAGCUGUUUGCUGGGUCUGGGCUACGACGCAUACGUGUGCAAGGGGACCGUCAAGGGCGGAAUGGUGGAGCACUGCUGGGUGAUGACAAGACACUCGGACUCCACAGUGUCCUUUUGGGAAACGGGAAACAAGAAGAUAACGCACCUGCCAAAAAGGUGGAACAUGGCGAGCUACGAAGCAAACAUGUACGAGGACGUUAACGAGGCGAAGGCGCCAUUGUUGGAAAAUUACCAGGCCGUAACGUUUCAGCCCUCCUCGGACAUGCAAAGGUUCCAGCAGGCAAACCAGAAUACACACGAGCUGACGAAGUUUGAAAUGUACGGAAGUAACUACGUGCCUGACCAGAAGGUGGAUCUCAAGGCGCUGAUGCACCGUCAAGACGAAGUGGACUUCGACACGUCGGCGAUAACGGAGAACCUGAACAAGCUGUUAUACGAAAACCCGCAGAAGAAACUGGAAUUUGGGUCAACAGUAAAGAAAAUAAGGCCUCGAGAGGACUUGUUGAUACCAAAUGAGACAUUGGUACCAUUGCCUUAUUCAUCAAUAGAAACGGUUUUUAAUAAUAAGCAGCUUUGGGGAAAUAUACAAAACCACCAUCCAUCGUGUAUAUUGUACGAUUUAGAAGAUCCGUCGCAGUGGAAACCGUUUCUGAAAGUGCCUUUGGAAAAUGAGUUUCUGUCAAACAUACAAGUAACAGAGCCACCAUCAGACUAUACAUGCCAUGAGACUGCCAGGGAUAUAGUCAAUGAAGUGGGCGACAUGAUAGAGUUGAUGAGGGCACAGAGAGGGUUGAGGUGUUCGAUUUCAAAGGAUUUGCAAAUGCACGAGCAUCUGGACAAGUUUUUAGAAGUGAUGGAGUUUAGACAGAAGCUAGACCCACAAUUUGACCCGGGAAUGCCACCAAACCUCCUGGGAUGGAGUAACAGGAAGAAGCUGAAGAGGAUGAUAAAGAAUGAAAAGGGCCAGAUGAUGCUCAACGAAAUGCAAAAAUCGGCACUGUUAGAAUACGAGGAUUCUGAACCAUCAACAGAGGCAUCGGCAACAAAGUCGGAAAAGGCUGUGGAAAAGGAAGGUGAUGAGGAGGAUCAACAACCAUAUCCAGAGGAUGGAGAAGAAAAUAAACAGGAAGAACAGGGUUUAGACACCCAAGAACAAAAACAGGAGCAACCGGAUCAACAAGGAGUAGUGGAACAAGAUGGAGUUGAAGGGGUGGACGAUCAGCCCGAAGUUGAAAAAAAGGAGGAACCAGUAAGAAACAAAAAAUCUUCACGAAGAAGGUCUAGGAGUGGAAGAAGACACAGAAGGCACGAGAAAAAAUCGAAGCCGCUGGAUAAAAUCGCAUUUGAUAACCCAAAACACAGCUGUAGUGUGAUUAGUGCACUGAAGAGAUGUAGCAUAACCCCGAAGGGAAUAAAAAUUAAGGUAAAGAGGCAAAGCAAGCACGUGAAGAUCCCCAAAUGUAAAGGCAAGAUCGUCCCAAGUUACUGCGCAGCAUUUGAGGAUGUGGUACAGCUGGAGGUCCCUGAUGUUAAACUGUACUCAAAGUUCAGUCCAUUGAGUGUGCCAUCAAGUCCAGGGCUUUCCAGAACUCCAAUGUCAGACAUGUCAAAAUUCAGUGAGAAGUGUGAGGCCAGGACGCAGUUCUCAGAGAUAAUAAGAGCAGUAACGCACAGAAUGAACCCACCUAUGGAAAACAGAGCGCCUGUGUCAAACAGAAUAAGAAUGAAGGUGGAGAAGAGGAACCUGAAGCUGAUAAAUAAAAUGAAUCAGCCUGCGUACGUGAUAAAGGGCAGGAAGAGCGUGCUGAGUGGCAUAAUAUCCAGGGUGAAAAAGGUCAUACCGGACCUGUACAGAAUACCGGGCUUCAUGGACGACAUGCAGAAGGUGAUACCGAGGCCUGAGUACUACAGCGAGUACGUGUACUCAAACUACGCAAUACCGCAAGAGUUCAAGGUCUUCGAAAAGAAGGAGACUUCGAGCUGGUACUGGUACUACGAAAACGAGGCGAGGCACUACGCGUGGCAGAAGAGGCUGCCUGUGAUGGCGAACCACACGUUCAUAGGAAUACCAAUCCACUUCUGCACGAGCGACGUCAACGAAAUAAUGAACCUGCUGUGCUCAGACCGGAGGUUCAAAAGGUUCCUGGUGAACAAGGUCGACGACUCAGUGUUCGUGAUCUACGCGAGGGUGUUUCCUCUGGUGGGAAACAUACUGUCCACCUGGGUGUUCAUAGGCUGCCACAUCCCGUGGCGAAUAUAG